AUUACUGGUCAUUUUAUAAAUUACCUGACAGUAGCUAUUCUUAUUUGAAAAUACUACCCAAUUUUUUAAAAAUAGGUACCAAUCUUUGAGCGAUUAGAAUUACGAAAUUGGAUUCUUUAGAGUUAAGAAAAAACUAUGUAUUUUUACUAAACUUCUGAAUUUGCAAAACAAUCAUUGGUACAUCAAUUUCAUUGCUUAGACCCGAAUGUAAAACAAAGGGUCUUUAAAUAAACAUCAAAAAAUCAUUGCCUGUCUUCAAUGAAAUAAAAAUUCGGUAUCGUUUUUUGAAUACGGCGAAUGCGCCAACUGUAAACAAAUCCAGAUUAUCACAUAAAUGCGUUAAACUCUUUAUUUUACAUCCGAAAAUAUGAUCUUCUUUUAAUUUUUCUUAUUUUAGUGAAGUUAAAUUUAAUUUUUUAAAUAAGGCGAAUAGCUUUUUUUAUGAGUGUGUAAUCCCACAGUUCAUUCGCCCAUUUCCCCUCAAAAUUUCGUCGCGAACAAAAGGGCCAAUAGUUAUUUCGAGAUAGCAAAAGGGCAUUGAAGUUUUUUAAAUUUGUUUUCCAGGACGAGGAGAUGUAAAAUUCUGGCUCGGACUGUCAACUUUUUCUCGAAAAUCGGGAAGGAGCUUCACCUGGAAGCUCUAUCUACUGGACUGGCCCUGAAAGCAAUGAACUCUAUCAAUACGGCUUACGUUAUGGCUACCUUCGAUAUGAAGUAUUUCAUCAGCUUCCGGCAAGGGACCAAUGAUAGAUUUGAGGAAAAUAAUUGUAAAAUACCGAUGAAAUCUCUUUUGAAAAUAUUUAGAAGUCUGCACAAGAUUCUUAUAUGCAAAAUUUGGCUGCAGCUUGAUAAGAAAAAGAUCGUUUUCCAAUUUCAAUGCAAAUCGCAUAUUUUGAAAACGCACAUUAUACCUCUUAUGGAACACGAACAUACCAAUUCGCUGCGCCUUCCAGAAUCGUUCUCGAACAAAGUUAUCGGAGAUCACAAGAUAUUCGGAAAAAUUCUCAAGCAAUUUCAUAGAUCCGUGCAUGAAAUCACCUUCGAUGCGAAAGCAGACGAAACAAUUAUAACCAACUAUAUUGAAAAUACCGGCAAAGAAAGAACAGCAAUGCGAUCAACCUUCUCGAUCGAUAGUUCAGCUUUCCGUGUUUACGACCUCGACGUACCUACAAAUAUCACCUUCUACUAUAAAGAAUUCAAGGCUAUGGCUUAUUAUGCCGAACACAACCGGAUGUUAGUGGAAAUGAACUUUGAUCAAGCUGGAACACCUCUUCUGGUGCGAAUGAAAAAGGAAGGUGUUCUUUCAAUCCACUUCAUCUUGGGGACAAUGACCCCGAGGACGGAAAAACAAAACAGAAAUCUGCAGAGGGCCACGCGUAGGUUGGCAAAUCAGUCAAAAAGCAAAGCGCAAAGAUCUGCUGAGAGUCAACUGAUUGAAUCAUGCCAUACACAGGAUAGCGAUGAAGACAUCAACUCUAAUUACGAGGACGAUAGCAGAAAUAGCCACUUGAGAGGAGGCAAUCAAUCUAACGAACACACGAGCGUGGGUACUCCUCUAGAACCACUUCCGUCUCUUCAAAUCGCUCGAAGAAGCGAAUAUCAACCAACAAGUAACCAGAAUCAAUCGGAAGUGUCAUUCCUCAAUGGAAUACCCAUGCCGCCAGGAGAAUCAUCGAAAAAGCUUGAGCCGUGUGCUCGCUUAACUAAAGAUCUGGAGUCUUCUCCACAACCACAGCCAUCACUGGAAGUAGCUCAAAAUUGCGAAUACUUGACAACCAAUCGUCAUGAUCAGUCGAUAGCCGAAAGCAGCCGAAGUUCACCAGCACCACCUCUUGCUCGUGUAUCAACGGUUCCUGAAUCCUAUGAUAUAAUAUUUGUCGGAAAUAGCGACGACCCCAACUCUGAGAGUCAGGAUCUUCUAUCUCCAAAACCUUCUGCAAAACGACGCAGCAAUUCACAAUUGUUCCAAUGUGAAAAACGGCCUUAUCUAGAUGUACAAACAGAGCCUAUGUUUUCUGAUGUUCCUCAAACCUCUGGAACCAUUAGAUCUACACUAGUCAACCUUGCUGGAAUUAAACAGAGACAAACUGAUUUACAAUCAGAACCUAUGUUUUCAGAUGCUGUCCGAGUUUCCGGCACCACAAGCGAUAGAAUACAGAUACCGGAUCUUAUUCCCGAAUCCCCCGAGGCUAUAGCCGAAAAGAAACGAAAACAGGAAAAAAUGCGUCAUAUUUUUCGAAAGUGCUUUGAAUCAACUUUUGAUCCUCAACAGAUAAACAGUCAUUGUGAGGUAUAUGCUGAAAACUCAGACCCAGAAGAAACAGUUGAAUAAAUUUUGUUUAUUACAGUCAA